AUGGAGAGGAAAAUUAAAUUAAAAUCAUUGAAUAGUCAUAUUACUUGUAAAAUUUGUCGAGGAUAUUUAAUUGAUGCAACAACUGUCACCGAAUGUUUACAUACUUUUUGUAAAAGCUGCUUAGUAAAACAUUUAGAAGAGAACAAUACUUGCCCUACGUGUAGUAUAAUCAUCCAUCAGUCACAUCCUUUACAAUAUAUAUCACAUGAUCGUACAAUGCAAGAUAUUGUAUAUAAAUUAGUACCAAAUUUACAAAAAAAUGAAGAACGCAGUGAGCGUAAAUUUUAUAAAACGCGUGGUUUACCAUGUCCGCGUGAUUUGGUUAUCCAAAAUCAUGGUGAUGAGCAUAAUGAAGAUAAAGCUGCGAUGGACUCUCAUGCAGAAGUUGAUUAUCAUCGACAAGAUGAACAAGUGAGUGUAUGUUUAGAAUGUAUCAGUCCACAUUUGAAAACAUUAAAACGUCGUUUUAUUCGAUGUUCGGCACAAGCGACAAUUUUACAUUUAAAAAAAUUUGUUGCCAAAAAGGCAUUAGAUGAAAUUGAAAAAUAUAAGGAUAUUGAUAUACUGUGCAAUGAUGAGUUAUUGGGUAAAGAUCAUACAUUAAAAUUUGUUUACGUAACAAGAUGGAGGUUUCAAAAUCCACCGUUAAUUUUACAAUAUCGACCGCGUAUUGAUAUAUAGCAUCAAUUUAACGGUUACUUAUUUGAGUAACUGAUUUUUACCUUCCCCUAAAAAAUGUCCCCUUAAUUGUCAUACAAAUAUAUAUUUUUCUUAAAAAAAUUGAAAAA